AUGAAUGUGGACCUGAGCGAGCAACACAAUAUCAAUGAGCGUUCAAGUCAGCAAACUAGCGAUGUGGACUGCAGUGGAGGUCAUGCUAGAUCGCAUGGCAGUGUCAACUCAUCUGAAACGAUCCUGGAGCUCUUGUUUGGUGUUUGCAUUUCGUUAUGUAAAGAGCGUCCGAUUGAUAGUCAGCCGAGUUCUAUGAUUCUUCACUUUUUCAGUGGCAUCUUAGGGUUCUCCAAGUCUCUAGAUGCCUUCCUUCCUGCAAGGUCGUUUACAUCGCACUUGUCGGCACUUAUAUACAUCCAGCGACUGCUCUUUCUUGAGUAUGCUCUCCCACUGCGAGCAUAUCCAUCACUUGGAAUCCAGCACCGGCCUCGCACUCAACAAGUUGAGCGACUGAACUCCAUUCGCAAAUCAUACAUGGUCAUAGGCUCAGAGUCUUCCUUGGAGGAAUUUUUCACCCUUCGGAGCUACGGUCGAGUAAUGGCCCGGUCUGACACGCCGUCCUUUCUCCCGCGAUGGAGUGAGGAUGGUCAAUCAGUACACUGGGGGGAGUCGAGUAAACUGACUAUGGACCAGUUCCGGCUACUUCUGAGGCGACUGAUUGAGCAAGCUGCCGAAGUCUGUGAUGAGCCUCUAUUCGGUUUAGAAUGCUCCGUGGAUCUCUCGAAAAUUAAAGAUGAAAUAACUAACAGCAAAAGAGGGUUCUCGUUUGUUACCCACCCAGAGAAUGGUCUUGUGGAGGAAUAUCUCAAACUGUUCCGGCGUGCAUGCACUGCAAAGCAUGGAAACUUAUCAUCGCCCAAAGGGCAGUGGAACUGGAAAGCCGUGUGGGCAUACCUCGCGAAAGAGAAACGAUUUUGCAUUCUACUUGCCUUAAUCAGGUACUUGUCUGGGGGACAAUUACCGAGGUGGUCGGAGCUCCUCGAUAUCUGGUGCGUUAAUGGCGAGUUCGUGGAAAGGAGCAUUUAUGUAUACAAGUCGAUGAUACUGUAUUUGAUCCGCCACCACAAAGCCAAAGAUCAGCGAAUAAUUAGUUCAGCGUCGCCCGUUUUCUACCGGCUGAAGCCAGUCGACUGGUGUAUAAAUAUCUUGCGAUUAUACGGCCAUUCAUUGAUCUAA